UCAUGAAUUGGACUACAAAUGUCCCCAGAUCGUGUAGUUGUUUUCCCAGUUGGAUGGAUUCUGUGAGCAGCCUUUCUCUGAACCACGGCCACAUUUAGGAAAAGUUGAGCAUAAAUGCGACUUACACCAGCGGUAUGAGUCUACGGGAAAUUAGUGAGAAUCUGAAACUGGCCCGUGAAUAUGCCUUGCUGGGAAACUACAGCUCAGCCAGUGUUCUCUAUCAUGGGCUGCUUGAACAAAUCAAAAAAUAUGUGUACACGUUGCGAGACAGCAGUUUCCAGCAGAGGUGGCAGCAGCUGUGGCAGGAAAUCAUCGAAGAGAAUCAACAAGUUCAGGACAUAAUGUCAACUCUGGGGAACUUUCAGUUGGACACAGCUCCUGUUAAACCCAGUAACCAUGAUGAUUUUGAAAUGAGACCUUUGCAUGUGGAACAGAGACAUUCUCCCUGUCCUGUCAGACGUCCUACCAACCCCUACAAAGACAGCAAACCUGCAAACAACCGCCUGAGUGUGGCUGUGAAGGCCCAGCAGAGGCACCUGCCCCGAGGGGCCAACGGCGACAGAAGCAGACCUUCCAAGGGCAAAGAAAAGAAGGAACCAAAGGAGGCUGCUGGCAAAACAAAGGACGAUAAGAAUAAAUCAGAUGUCCAGGAGAAAGAAGCAAAGAGGUUUGAUGGGGCAGGAUAUGAUAAAGACCUCGUGGAAGCUCUGGAGAGGGAUAUUAUAUCUCAAAAUCCAAAUAUUAAAUGGGAUGACAUCGCAGACUUGGAAGAUGCAAAAAAACUGCUGAAAGAAGCAGUUGUGUUGCCGAUGUGGAUGCCAGCGUUUUUUAAAGGAAUAAGACGACCCUGGAAGGGUGUGCUUAUGGUGGGACCUCCUGGCACGGGGAAAACACUUCUGGCUAAAGCAGUCGCUACUGAAUGUAGAACCACAUUCUUCAAUGUCUCCUCAUCAACUCUGACCUCUAAGUACAGAGGAGAGUCUGAGAAACUAGUUCGCCUUCUCUUUGAAAUGGCACGUUUUUAUGCUCCCACCACGAUUUUCAUUGAUGAAAUUGACUCAAUGUGCAGCCGCAGAGGAACCUCAGAGGAGCAUGAAGCUAGCAGGAGAGUAAAGGCAGAGCUACUUGUGCAAAUGGAUGGUGUUGGUGGAGCAUCAGAGAACGACGACCCAUCAAAGAUGGUGAUGGUCCUGGCUGCAACCAACUUUCCAUGGGACAUUGACGAGGCUCUGAGGAGGCGCCUGGAGAAGCGGAUCUACAUUCCUCUUCCUUCAACUAAGGGGCGAGUGGAGCUGCUCAAGAUUAACCUGAGGGAGCUGGAGCUGGCCAGCGACGUGGACUUGGACAAGAUUGCUGAGCAGAUGGAGGGUUACUCAGGAGCUGACAUCACUAACGUGUGCAGGGACGCAUCUCUGAUGGCCAUGAGGCGAAGGAUCGAAGGCCUCACUCCAGAGGAGAUCCGCAACAUUUCCCGGGAUGAGAUGCACAUGCCCACCACCAUGGAGGACUUUGAGUCCGCUCUGAGGAAAGUGUCCAAAUCAGUUUCUGCAGCUGACCUGGAAAAGUAUGAAAAGUGGAUCGAAGAGUUUGGCUCCUGCUGAUGAAACUUUAAGUGCGCAGCUUAGUGUAAGGCUUUGUGUUCCUGCUAACUGAAAUGUUUUCUUGGAUCUGAGAAAUGUGUCAGCUCUGAUGUAUCGAGCUGCAAGUACAUUUCUGAAUCAGCGGGCAGGUUUAUUACAAAAGUAAUUGCACUUGAAAAGUGGUAACUCUUCCUUUUGUACAUGUUGUUGCUAUGCAAACCUUUUCAUCUCAGUGAGUGUCGAAAGAAGAACACGAGUAACUCGGAGCUGAUUGUUGAUACAAUUCAUUUUUGGACUUAAUCAUUUUAGUUGACUGGUCCUGAACAUGUUGCCAAAAUGUUUGACAAAUCGGAUAUAGCUAUUAGAAAAACUGACAAAACUGAGUCGGCAUUUCCUGAAAUACACUAAUAGUAAAAGGCCAAACCUGUUAUAUUAUUAGUUUAUUCUCAGUGUCGUUUUAUUGUCUUUGUGCUGAUGUAUCUGUCGGAUACAGAACCAGCCAAUCAAAUGUUGUUCCCUUUAUUGUUGUUCUUUUCACUUUGCACUUGAUUUUAUUUUAAACCGUAUGGAUCUAUAACACUUUUUCUUAUAAACAUUAAACUAAGAAGCCAUUUCUAUAUUGCGAUACGUGCAAGUUUAUUUAUUGCUCACUAUAUCUGCUUAAAAAAAUCUACACACAGAUAAGUUCACACAUUUAAUUGCAACCAAAACAAACCUGUCCAAGUUCCCCCUGUAACCUGCAAGCUCUGUUUCAGUUUUUCUAUGCUUGGAUCUGUAUGUUACUGAGAGGGGGUGUCCUUAAUAGAGUCCCGAUCAAAAGUUUAAGACCACUUGAAAAAUGGUUAAAAAAAUAAAUAAAUAAAAAAAUCAUAUUUUGCAUGGUUGGAUCUUAACAAGGUUCCAGGUAGAGCUUCACCCUCCAACAAGAAGAAAUGAGAGUGAGACAAAACAUGGAGCAUGGAAUUUAUUGAAAAAAAUGCUUAAACUGAAACAGGCUGUUUUACAGCUGAUCAAAAGUUUAGGACAACAUGGCAAAAAAAAAUGAUUUUUUUGUUGUUGUUGUUUGUUUGUUUGUUUGUUUGUUUUUUUGCCAUUUUACAAGUUGUCUUAAACUUUUGAUCUGGACUAUGAGUCUGUCACUCACACACAGCUAUGGCUCCACCUGCUGUUCAAACCUCCAUGAGCUGUAGCUGGGUUAAAGGGAGUGGGGAGGGAGACUAAUAUAAGACAGCGUGUUUCAGAUUGCUGAACUGAGCUCUUCCACAGUCUGAGGUACAGCCUGGUGGUGUUGGAGAGACUGAAACCAAUGUCCUAGGGUAUUUUAUUGGAUUUAGGUCAGACGAGUGUGGGGGGGCCAUUCAGUAGUAACAGUUAAUUUAUCCUCCAGGACCUGCCUGCAUACUCUCACCACAUGAAGCAUUGUUGUAAACCAGGAGGAACCCAGGACCCACUGCACUAGUGUUGGGUCGUCCUAAUACCUAAUGGCAGUCAGGGUGCCGUUGCUUAACCUUUAGAGGUGUGUGUGUAUAGUCCAUAUACCAUAUAUUCCAUAUAUAUACAGUCAUGCUGCAUGAUGUUACAGGACGUAUAACGUUCUCCGUAGCUUUUUGACACCCUUUCAUGUCUGUCACAUGUGCUCGCCUGCUCUAAUCUGUGAAAGCACAACAUGCCACUGGUCAACCUGCCAUUUUUGGUAUUCUAUAGUAAAUGCCAUACAGGCUUCAAUGUGCUAGGCAGUGAGCACAGGGCCCACUGAAGGAUGUCAGGCCACCCUCAUGAAGUCUGUUUCUGAUUGUUUGGUCAGACACAUUUCACACCAGUGUGCUGCUGAAGGUUUUUUUGUUUUGUUUUUUUUAGCUCUGGUAGUGCUCAUCCUGUUCCUCGCACAAAUGAGCCGAUACCGGUCCUGCUGAGGGAUGCAGGACCCUUUACAGCCCUAUCCAGCUCUCAUAGACUAACUGCCCAUCUCCUGGAAUCACACAGCAAAUCUUCUGGCACUGGCAUGUCUUGAUGUGCCAUCCUGGAGGAACUGGACUACCUAUGCAUCCUCUGUAGGGUGCAUGUAUCACAUCAUACCACCAGUAGUGUCAAUGACCACAGCUUAAUGCAAAAUUAGGGAAAACGGUCAGAAAAUAUGAGGGGAAAAUGUCAGUGUCCUCCACCUGUAAAACGGAGCUACACUGAGUUUGCUUUUAGUUUUAUGGUUGUACUCUGAGCUCUUCCAUGAUGCUUGGUGUAUAGGGGUGCAUGGUCACUCCGCAAGGUAGACAUUACGUGCCAGUGUAACACUUGAUCAUUAGUCUGUACAGUAACACAGUACGAUCACCCAACAUACAAAGACAAUUAUCAGACAAUAUAUCCAUGUGAUGGCUGUAAGGAAAGCUUUUAAUUAGCAUGAUUUCUGACCCAAAUACACAGUCCAGCUGUAAUUCAUACAAUGUAUGCACACAGAUGCCAAAAAAAGAUAUCACGCUGAUGUAUCAAAGACCAAAUUAAAACAUUUGUUGUUUAACUCUGAACCAACUAGGUGUUGCGUACAGCAUUCUGUUGCACAACUUGAGGCAGAUUCCAACACUGUUAAGUCAUCAUGCACUUUCCUAUUUUUAAUGGAAAACUUGUUGAUGGAGCAGCAAACUCUACUCACUAGCUACACUAUGCAUGCACCUUUUCGUUGUACGCAGUAUAUCAUGCAUACUGCAGUUUAACUGAGCCCUAGGGAGAGAAAAUCAUGACAUCACAAGCUGAUCUUCUGGGAUGUCUUUGAAAAAGCAUGACCAGUAGUAAAAUAACACCCUCGCACAUAAAAAAACAAACAAAAAAACCCAACAAAAAGAGAAAAUGUGGUUUGUGAAUUUAUGAUGAAUGAAAACGCAGGUUUUUCACCGACAGCCCGUUGAGCCGUUUGAUCCUUCACAGCUAGAACUGCCAAACAUCAGAGAGGGCUGUACUGCAAAGCAUGAUUAAAGCUACUCAAGGUCAACUAAACCUUGGUAAAGCUGGAUGACUUUUUAUCAGAUAAGGUAACAUGCUGAACACUUAACCUGCUCUGGAGCAGGUAAUGUUUGAGAUCAGCACUUCCUCUGUUAUGUGAACGCACACAUGGAUAGAUGGGAAACUGGGGGUAACUUCUGCAGUUGAUAACCACCUUUGUGUGACUGCUUAGCCAGAUUGUGGCGUCGCUUAGCCCAAGUUCAGAAAAGAACAGCUACUUUGUAGCACAGGCCACUGAAGUGAUAGUGAGGACAUGCAGAUUCGUUCUUUGAACAAGAAUUGUGUUUCAGUCUUGGACUGUAUCAGUCCACUCGUAGUUUAUAUAUAGAGAAGGUGCAUAGACAUUCUGAACAGCUUCACUGACAUUCUACAAUAUUGGUAACAGGAAGCCACAAACAAUACUGAUUAAAGUAGACCACAUAGUAAUCCUUCUCAUGAUAGAAUCCUUAUAAAAAACAAACAAACUGAGGCACAGUGAAAAAAAAGACAAUUAACAGAUGAACGUCAGUAAUAUCGAGUCAAAGGAAGGAGUUUUUUAGUAGCGACAGAGACAGAACAGAAACUCUGACGCAGUAAUCUGCUUAGCUUUGUCUUUUUAGACAUUUCAACAGAUUUAAGCAAGUGUCUUUGCCUCUGUUUACUUUUAAAUACAUUUAAUGCAUUUAGAGCUGUCUUCAUUUUUUCCAGCUGUAGGUGAAUGAUUUUGGAGAAAAAAAUAUAUAUAUAUACACAAAGCAAACAAAUGUGUGACCUGUAAAGAACUGCUACGUACACAAAGUUUUUUUUAAGGGAACUCUGAAGUGUUUGGAUCUGGUUCUAAAAUUCUCAGGUUUGUCCAUAUUUAUAGGUUAACCCCACAGCAUCUAGCUUUUUAUUCUGCGCUGCAAACUUUUAGUGAUACGUAAACUUGAACUAAACAGGAUAAAUGGUCCAUUUAGUAACAGUUCUGAGGAUGUAGACCAUAUCAAACUGCUUUGGUCUUGAGCUUUGGAGCAGAUCUCAUACAAAGGCUAAAGGUUAUACUUUUGUGUAAUACCAAUUUGUACCACAAGAUGGUGCAGUGAGCCAACCAGGCAAGUCAUUAGGAGCACAUUCUUAUCAACAAUAUCAUACCGGGAAAAGCAAAGCUACUUGCGGAAACAGGGAUAUGGCAGAAAUAGAAUUACCAAAAGUAAAGAAGCUUACAUUCAAAAACA